ACAUAUUUUAUUGCUAGACGCUACACGUCGUAUUGGUAAUAAAUGAAAUCAUGAACUAAAAUGUUUGUGGUCCUAUCAUUAAGAAUACAAUCUGUUUGGAAUCGUAAUUACAGUUCUCACCGAAAAAAAAAAAACCCGUUACGUCAUCAGCUCGAAUCAGCAUAUUCACCCCGAUAUAAUUUUGAGGCGACAACAUUAUCUCAUCACAUAACAAUAUUUUUUCUGCGUUAUCUAAGCGGAUGAGGUGAUCGACAGAUCACUAUUAACCGCGCUCGUACGUGUGUGUUUUCUUUACCAGAGAGAGGGCAAACGCAUUCCAGGUCGUGCAGUCUUUUGCCUGCGUACUCCUCUAACAAGUCAAGUUCAACUUUGCCACGUCAAGUUAACCUUCAUCUUGCACACGUGUGUCUUAUUGGCUUACUACAACCAAAGCUUUCUUUUCACUUGGCGUCCUAGGCUAACAUAUUUCUAAUUUCAAUUACAUUUAAAGUCUUUUUGUCCAAUGACAUCGAGAGGUUUGCCUUGGUGUACAUUUCUUUUUAGUCUUUCAGGUCUUUGUAGUGUGGUCUGUGUUUACAUAGCGAUACGGAACUCUCAUUGUUUGCUGCGUCAUUCAAAGAGGAACUUACUAGUAUAUCACGCUGAACCCGGGUAGUUGGGCUGGAAAUCGCCGAUAACCAGACACAAAAUGCCAUCGGACUUCAAGACGACUCGGUUUCCCCAUUCUCGAAACGAGUUACUGAUCGAGCUCUUGCGGAAAAAGCCUGGCAGUGAGGAUGAUUCCGUUGCGAAAAAUAGCGGUGAAUCCAAGAAGAAACUAAACAGCUCAACAAGAACGGACAAUUCUGCAGUUGAAGUCAGCUCUAUGUCAUCUACACCAAACAUUUCGUCUUCCCCGAGGACGGCCAUAUCCUCUAACAGCAAAACGCUAACGUUAACUGAGUGUGGCAAGGCCGAUCUCGUCCUCACACCAGCCCAGAAGCAGCUACACCAGCAGUUGCUUCAGAAACAUCGCUAUUUGCGAGAGAUUAUGUCGAAACAACAAGAGCAAUUUGAACUGGUCGCCAAACAAUUACAAUGGGUACAGAAGAACAGCAAAAGUGACUUAGACACGCCUCCGGAAGGUGCAAAGGGAUCGACCACAUUAUUUCCAAGUACCGGCACAGAUCACCAAGGCUGUCAAUCCAAAUGCACUGAAUUGCAAAGUUUGAAGCCACCAGAGGAAACGACAACCGAGGAACCGACGCCAGUUUUACCAAGCGUUAAUACUGACAACCAGUUUUCUACGUCCACUUGCUCCGAUCAGCCGAAAGUGCCACAGCCCUUUCAAGAGCUGACAAUAGCAACAGGUGCUAGGCAGAGGGAUGGCGAUAACGACCUUCCUUCACAGAAACGAUUCAGAAGUGAACAACAACAACAGCAACAACAACAACAUCAGCAGCAACAACAACAACACCAUCAACAACAGCAGCAGCAACAAAAACAACCGCAACAGCAGCAACAACAGCAGACACACAGGGAGCAUCAACAGGAUUCUCCACUGAAAUAUUGGAGUGAUCCAGGUCCUCAGCUGUUGGAGAACAACACUGUGCCACCAUCACAGGCGGGCUUCAGAAAUGCUCAACAACAGCAACAACAGGAUUCUCAACUGACACAGCCAUUGCCGCUUUCUUGUCAACCCAGAAGAACAUCAUCAACCGGCCUGGCAAGCACUGGUGCAUCCAGUCCCAUGCAUUUGACAUUACCAACACCCAGUUUUGAACCUAGUAUGGCUGCUUCAAUAAGUUCAGCCACACAAGAUCUGCGUCUGGCAAAUGAAAUUUUACGUCUUCAACUACUGCAACAGCAACUGUUGAAUCAAAUACAAUGCCAACAACAACAACAGACCAACUCAUUCGCCAACUUUCCUUCCAUGUCUUUUACACAAGCUCUAUUGGACGAUCAGGUGCCAAUGGCAACAUGUGAUAUGCCAUCUAGCGCAACUGACCAAAUUCAGGACUUAUGUGGCUUUGGUUUCAUGGACCACGUUUUCGGCAACGACUUAAGCGAGUUGGACUGUGUGCAGCAUGCCGCCGAGUUUGGUGGAGGCUACAGUUCUUCUACUAGCAAUAUGUACUGCCAGGACGGAGGAUUGAAUAACGCAAAAUAAUUGCCCAAUUGUCAACGAGAACAGCACAUACCGACCUGCAAAACAGUUAAUUUUUGGAGUAUGCAAUAUUUUUACAUUAAGUUUUUGAUUCGAUGAAUUUAAAGAUCCUUAUAGGAUAAACGUUUAAAGCGUCUGGCCAAACGUGUCCCAAUAUUGAACUGCUAUGUGCCUUGAAUCUUACAAAUGUCGCGUUUUUGACGACAAAUGUAACAAGCUUUUUCGAAACAUGAAUGAUGACCUUGCUUGCUCAAAAAUAGAAGCAUUAAAUUAUAUUCAUUGACAAGUAAAACAACAGAAGAAAGAGUUUUCAUUAGAUAUUUUUUCAAAUAAAAAAUACAUUUAUCUUCUACUAAACGAUUCUUUCAGCAGACCUUAGAAGAACCGAGUUUUCAUUGGAUAUUUUUUCAAGUAAAAAAUUCAUUCAUCUUCUACUAAACACUUCUUUCAGCAGACCUUAGACAAAACUCAUUUUUGCCAUCUCAUCUCAAUCAACUCUCUUCAAAUGAUGAAAACUGAAAACUUCCAAUAACCUUCAGCAUU